AUCCAUACCGUAUCCACCCUUUCAAUUUUCAAAUCAAAUCCUUCUCUUCUUAAAAAAUAUGGCUACCUGUCCUCUGCCUCCUCCAAUACCCUCAUCUCUCAUCUCCUCCUCCUCCUCAAACAGCCAUUCUACUUCUUCUUCACGUUCAAAACUGCCCCCACUUCUCUCGCCUUCUCCAUUGCCUCGUCAUAAUUAUCAGCAGCAGGCACAGAGUAAAAAACGAAGAGAGUUGUUGUUGAAAGGAGGACUUGGUCUGCUUCCUCUUGCUCUGGUUGAGUCAAUAUUGAAAGAGCCACUUACUGUGCCUUCAGCAGAAGCUAAGGAGGCGGUGGUGGGCUCCUACCUCCCACCCUCACCUUCUGACCCUUCCUUCGUUCUCUUCAAAGCCUCUGCUAAAGACACUCCCGCUCUUCGCGCAGGAAAUGUGCAGCCUUACCAGUUCAUUAUUCCUCCAACCUGGAAACAGAUGCGUGUGGCAAACAUUUUAUCUGGUAAUUACUGCCAGCCAAAGUGUGCAGAGCCCUGGGUGGAGGUAAAAUUUGAAGACGAAAAACAGGGAAAACUUCAGGUUGUGGCUUCACCUUUGAUACGCCUGACAAAUAAACCCAAUGCAACAAUUGAAGAUAUUGGCAACCCUGCGAAGGUGAUUGCUUCUCUUGGCCCUUUUGUUACAGGAAACACAUUUGAUCCAGAUGAGCUUCUUGAGACGACAGUUGAAAAGCGCGGCGACCUGACGUACUACAAGUAUGCGCUGGAGACCCCGUUUGCUCUUACAGGUUCUCACAAUCUUGCAAAGGCAACAGCCAAGGGAAACACUGUUGUAUUAUUUGUGGUAAGUGCAAGUGACAAGCAAUGGCAAGCUUCUCAGAAGACUCUAAAAGCCAUGCUUGAUUCCUUUCAAGUGUAGUUCACUGCUGAAUGAAAGGGAAAAGAAAAUUAUUUUGGCUUUUGGAAGCACUGUUCUUUUAUUUUCAUAGAGCUACAAUAAAGAGGCUGCAUUUACACGAAAUUGAGUUCCUCUCUGGGCUUUUAGCCUUUUAUUCA